AUGUCACGCUAUUUGGAUCGUCAUUCUAUGGGGCCGGAUGGCCGUUCGAAGUCUGGCAUGCUCAUGGGAGACGACGCAGAGGCCGGUGUAACUGCACGACAGGCCAGUAUUCGAGCUCGAAAGCCCGGACGAUGUACACAGGCUCGUAAACGUCUAAAACAUGUGUUUCACAUGCGAAAAUACUAUCGCUCAGUGAUGGGUUUGACCGGUGUGGAGGCAGUGUUGGUGAUCAUCAGAUUGAUACUGGAGACGGAAUCCUUGAGGUUCCCUCCUGGAAAUACACGAACCACAUUACUGUCCACUCAGCUGGGUCUAUUUUGUCUCAGUCUGUUCACCUUGCUCCUGUUUGUGAUCGAACAGCCAUUCAAAUGGUGGGCUCUUGGAUCGCGUCGAUUCUGUACGAGUGUGAUGUUUGUUCUGGACGCGAUCACAUGUCUCGUUUGCUUCGCACUGAACAUUCAUAAUAUCCAUGCAAAUGUGACUAGACCGAACCCAGAAGCGGCCACACCACAACAAUUAGUUUUCUGCAAAAUGAACCAACUAACUACACCGGCGGAAACGUGCACAACCUUUGCUAUCCUUGGGGGCUUGUCUAUCGUGAUCCGUCUUUGGUGCAUUUCUGGUUACAUACAAACCCACACCACACACUCCAAGUGGAAUAUGUUCACACUGGCGAUCUACCCGUUCGACUUUGCUUUUGUUUAUCUCCCCGGCAUUGUCUCUCUGUUCACUUCCACAGAAAUGGUGCAAAAUGCAACGGUCAAUUUAACUCAGAAGCUUGGCAGCAUCCAGAAAGCGAAUGAGGAGGCUCAAGUGCGAAUUACCCAGUUGGAAACAAUGCUUCGGGAACAGGAAACUUUGAAUCGGAGUAAUCAAUCACGAGGCUCUACCAGAACCGGCCAAUCAAAUACGCAAACUCGAUCCUCGUCACAGACCCAGACUCGAUCAUCGUCAAAUCGUCGAUCCCAACAGGAUCCACGCACAUCACGUUCCACUGCUCUGACCUGA